UCCUCAAACCACAAACAUAAACCCUUCCAACACCAACCCUGCUAGUAAAUGGUGACGGUGGAGGAAAUCCGCAGCGCCCAGCGCGCUCAUGGCCCCGCCACCAUCUUGGCCUUGGGCACCGCCACUCCCUCCAACUGCAUCUCCCAAGCCGAUUACCCCGACUACUACUUCCGCAUCACUAACAGCCAACACAUGACCGACCUCAAAGAAAAGUUCAAACGCAUGUGUGAAAAGUCGAUGAUAAAGAAGCGAUACAUGCACCUGACGGAGGAGUUUCUGAAGGAGAAUCCCAACAUUUGCGCCUACAUGGAACCGUCGCUGGACGCCAGGCAGGACAUAGUAGUGGUGGAGGUUCCGAAGCUGGGGAAAGAAGCGGCGACCAAGGCGAUAAAGGAAUGGGGUCAACCAAAGUCAAAGAUCACGCACCUCGUCUUCUGCACCACUUCCGGCGUCGACAUGCCCGGAGCUGAUUAUCAGCUCACCAAGCUUCUCGGCCUGAGACCCUCCGUCAAGCGACUUAUGAUGUAUCAACAGGGUUGCUUCGCCGGCGGCACCGUCCUCCGCCUCGCCAAGGACCUCGCCGAGAACAACAAGGGCGCUAGGGUUCUCGUCGUCUGCUCCGAGAUCACCGCCGUCACGUUCCGCGGCCCCUCCGAGACCCACCUCGACUCGCUCGUCGGCCAGGCGCUCUUCGGCGACGGCGCCGCCGCGGUGAUUGUCGGCGCGGACCCCGACUUGGCCGUGGAGCGCCCGCUCUUCGAGCUGGUGUCGGCGGCGCAGACGAUUCUCCCCGACUCCGACGGCGCCAUCGACGGGCACCUCCGCGAGGUGGGGCUGACGUUCCACCUUCUGAAGGACGUUCCAGGAAUCAUAUCGAAGCACAUCCAGAAGAGUCUGGCGGACGCUUUUGCCCCCAUUGGGAUAAACGAUUGGAACUCGCUGUUCUGGAUCGCGCACCCGGGUGGACCGGCGAUUCUGGACCAGGUGGAGGAGAAGCUCCGGCUCAAACCGGAGAAGCUCCGGUCCACGCGGCACGUGCUGAGCGAGUACGGAAACAUGUCGAGCGCGUGCGUGUUGUUCAUUCUGGACGAGGUGCGGAAGAGAUCCAAAGAGGAAAAGAAGGGCACCACAGGGGAAGGGUUAGAGUGGGGCGUGUUAUUCGGGUUCGGGCCGGGUCUCACCGUCGAAACCGUUGUUCUUCAUAGCGUUCCCUUGGAGGGUUGACACGUGGGGCCCAGUGGAAGGUAGAAUAGUGGAAGUGGUGAUUAAUAAGGAAACCUUGAGAAAUCGGGGAUCAGUGUAGUGUGGAGUGUGAUAUUAAUACUGUUGUUGAUGGUUUUAAUUGGGGAUUUAUGGUAUCAUAAUGCGGGAGAAGAAUUCAUUACCUAGUAUGGAGCGAUCGUGAUUGUGGGUGAUGUUGUGUUGUUACUAUGUAUACUGGGCGUUCAAUUGGGUAGUGCUGCGUGUGUAGUUUAUGAUCCAUGGACUUGUGUCGCCAUACCUACCUGCUGUUCUUCAUGUGAGGUGUUUAGACAUUGACAUGCAUUAAUGGUUUUAAUUAUCACGUAAAA